ACUCAAUUCCGCCUCCUCUUCCUUCUUCUCCUCCUGCUCUUUCUCCUCCUCCUCCUCCUCCUCUUCCUCGGAGGAGAUCUGCCACUUCUGCUGCUCUGCCCUCCCCUUUAAAGGAAGACUUGCCCGGUGGUGCCAGACCCCGCUCGGUCCUCGCCCGCCCGCCCGCCCGCCCGCAGCUCGACCCCUGCGCCCGCGGGUCCGCGCGCCUCCGCGCUGUGCAGCUCCAGCCCUAGGACGCUCCGGGAGAUGGGGAGCAGAGCCCUGGUCCUGGGGGUCCUGAGCGUGUGCCUCCAGAGUCUGAUCGCCGCCCGCGGAGGGGUGGCCGCCGCCGGAGGAAGAGAUUUUACGGAUAUUGAAAGUAAAUUUGCUCUAAGGACCCCUGAGGAUACUGCUGAGGACACUUGCCAUCUCAUUCCUGGAGUGACAGAAUCUGUGGCUAACUGCCACUUCAAUCACAGCAGCAAGACCUUCGUGGUGAUUCAUGGCUGGACGGUGACUGGAAUGUAUGAGAGCUGGGUGCCAAAGCUUGUGGCCGCUCUGUACAAGCGUGAACCUGAUUCCAACGUCAUCGUGGUGGAUUGGCUACUCCGGGCCCAGCAGCAUUACCCGGUGUCUGCAGGCUACACCAAGCUGGUGGGCAACGACGUGGCCAGGUUUAUCAACUGGAUGGAGGAUGAAUUUAACUACCCUGUAGACAAUGUUCAUCUCUUGGGCUACAGCCUAGGAGCCCAUGCCGCUGGUAUCGCAGGAAGUCUAACCAACAAGAAGGUCAACAGAAUCACAGGCCUGGAUCCAGCGGGCCCUAACUUUGAGUAUGCAGAAGCUCCCAGUCGUCUUUCCCCGGAUGAUGCAGAUUUCGUAGAUGUCCUGCACACAUUCACCAGAGGGUCGCCCGGCCGAAGUAUCGGGAUCCAGAAACCAGUAGGCCAUGUUGACAUUUAUCCUAAUGGAGGUACUUUCCAGCCAGGCUGUAACAUUGGGGAAGCCAUCCGUGUGAUCGCAGAGAGAGGCCUUGGAGAUGUGGACCAGCUGGUGAAAUGUUCCCAUGAGCGCUCCAUUCAUCUCUUCAUUGACUCCCUGUUGAAUGAAGAAAACCCAAGCAAGGCUUACAGAUGCAAUUCCAAGGAAGCCUUUGAGAAAGGGCUCUGUCUGAGUUGCAGGAAGAACCGUUGCAACAAUGUGGGUUAUGAGAUCAACAAGGUCCGAGCCAAAAGAAGCAGCAAGAUGUACAUGAAGACCCGUUCCCAGAUGCCUUACAAAGUCUUCCAUUACCAAGUAAAGAUUCAUUUUUCUGGGACGGAAAGUGACACGCAGAUCAACCAGCCCUUCGAGAUCUCUCUGUAUGGCACCGUGGCGGAGAGCGAGAACAUUCCUUUCACGCUACCAGAGGUCUCCACAAAUAAGACCUACUCCUUCCUGAUUUACACGGAGGUGGACAUCGGAGAGCUGCUAAUGAUGAAGCUGAAAUGGAAGAGUGAUUCGUACUUCAGUUGGUCUGAUUGGUGGAGCAGCCCUGGCUUUAUCAUCGAGAAGAUCAGAGUAAAAGCCGGAGAGACUCAGAAAAAGGUGAUCUUCUGUUCCAGAGAGAAAGUGAGUCAACUGCAGAAAGGAAAGGGCUCUGCAGUGUUUGUGAAAUGCCAUGACAGAUCUCUGAACAGGAAGUCUGGCUGAUACUGGGUAAAUGUUCAGAAAGAAGAACAGUUCAAGAGUUCUACAAAGAAUGAAGUCAACCAAGUCAAUUUAACAGAAGAUGUCCCAUGCUUUGGGUGUUUAAAAGUGUAUUCUCCUGAGUAUUACUCAAAGCUCUAUCUGUAUUAGUUAUAUUAGGAGACAGUAUCAAAUGCUAAAAAGUGGCUAACUCAUUAUGAGGAGCUUAGUGGUCAAAUUGUAUAACCUCCAGCAUCACAGAGAGCAGAUCUGAGACCCACUGUGCGUUUUUUGUUUGUUUGUUUUUUGUCCUUUGAGAAAAAAUGAUGGCUGGUGCCCAUAGUAAACAGCUCUUUCAUGUGCGAUUUUUGGACACUGUCUAAAAUUAGUUAGACCUUCCUACUAUAAUUAGAAUUUGGGGAUUUGUUGGGGAUGUGGGGAUAAAGGCCUUCAGAAAAAUUGCUCCAAGUUUGAAUAUAGAAAAGGGUUUUCUGUGGUGUGAGUCCGAUGCCUAUAUUUAUCAGGCAAAACACCUGAUCUUUCCAAAUGGUUCUCUCCCCAUUGAGACAUGGCCCCACAGUUAACCGGGGCAUGUGGCUGGGAGAUUGAGCGAGAGCAUGGGGCUGGUAAAGACUGAGUUUUAUCUCCACUGUUGGCAGGCCGUUGUUAUGUUAGAAGGAGAAGGCAGUACAAAAUUGAGAUCAAUUAAUUCUUCAUCAACUUAAUAUUUUGUUCUUUAAUCUCUCUCUCAUUUUUGCCCACCUCCUUUGUCUUACUAUUGUAUUUUAGCAGUGUUCUCUAGGUAGAUGUUGAAAGGGAGCCUGUAAUCCUCAGUUGAUGCCUAAUUUGAAUGGUGCAGAGAAGAAAAUAAUACCCUAAUUUUCUUAUCAGAUUUCUCUCAUUGUUUUCAUCUACGUGAAGUAAUCACCCUUCAGUUUUAGGCUUAGCUCGGUCAUGUCUCAGUAAUACUUAGAGCAUGCCUCUGGAUGUGUUCAAGUUCAAAUUUUGCAUUAUAUGCUACAACUUUUAGGUGAGGACCACUUUGCUAAGUCAAAAGGUAAACUCAUUACUGUACACUAACACAUAAGCAGUCUUAUAAACCACUGUAGCCACAGGAAGUGCCAGAAGGGUUGUCGUUUUUUUAAACAACUAAUCAAGAGUGAAUGAGCACUUAUUUAUAAACUAGAGCUCAUAUUUUCAGAAUGCUUUUUCUAUAUAUAAACGUAAAAUGAUCAAGAAGUCAAGUUAUCUCAGAAGCUAGGGCUAGGAACCCAAACUCUGAAUGUAUGCAGGAGUCUGGACAUUUACCCACAUGCAAAGCUCCACGUGUAUACUUGUCCAUUGUGACUUGGGAGACAAACAAUCAAGAGGUGAAUCGGAACAUGUCAGAGUAGAAAUAGCUCCCGACGCAAUGGAAUGUCAACUCUUUAUUCGAGAAAGAUGGUUGUGUCUGCGUAAUAUUGGACAAAUAUUGUCAUUGACUCUAUUAGUCUUGGAAUGCAUUCUAACAAUAAAAUGAUGUAUGAUAAUGUCACUGGCAUCCCCUUUAUUGCUAAUUCAUUGAUUUUCUGGAUUUGGGUUUUAGUCCAAGGUGCAUCGACUUAAAAAAAUUAACAAAUCAGUACAUAGCCCUGGGAGCUCUGGCUUCUAAAGACUUUGGUAUACAUAUCAAUGAUGCUCUGGCUUUGAAUUUUAUUUAUUAGCUGUAAAUAUAUGUGUGGGUGUGUAAGAGAGCUUGUAUAUAUUGGAAAAGGUUGUUUUUGGCUACCUGCAUUUAUAGUUGUGUGGUGAUUUGUACAUGUUUUCAGUGACGGUCUCCCUGAGCCAACUUAUUCUUAAAUAAUACAAUGAAAUGGGCUUAAAAAUGA